UAUAUUUUCUGUUUAUUGUACAAUUUCUAAUAAAUAAAAGUGCAAUUUUUCAUGGAAAGUACAACCUUGUCUGGGUGACCCCAAACUUUUGAAUGGUAGCGUAUCUAUUAAGUUGACAUGGUAACAGCACCAUAGCAACCGGUGUGGGGUUUACAUUUGUCACCAGCACUCCAGAUCCAUCACAUGCCCUUCAUGACCAGCUCCAUCACUCAUAACCAUCCUCUCCUCCUCACAGGUUUCAAUUUGCAUGGGCUUGUUUGCGUCUAAGCUACUGUGUGUGAGUGAGUCAGCUGCACUCUCAGCACACAGGACAUCACUUCCAGUCAUUGCGGGGGAAGACGCAUCGCUGAUAUUCAGAAUCUUGCUACAGUAAAAUCCUGAUUGCUGGCUCUUGAGAUAUAUCAAAAUUUCCAACUAUAAGCUUGGUGGGAGUGCUAGCAGAGGAGGCAGAUUACUAUGGGCUCCAGCUCCUCCUGCUACGCCCCCAGAACCAUUUACCUGGAUGUGAAUGGGAAAAUGCAAAAGGUGUUGUUCAGUCGGCACUGCAGUCCGUGUGACAUCAAAGAGCUUCUGUGUUCCUCAUCUAAUAUUCCCAGGAAUACGGCCAUCACACUUGUGGAUCCAGAGGGUGCAAUGGUCUCCAUUGAUCCUACCAUGCCUGCCAACUCUCCGAACUCUUUGUAUAAAGUUGUCCCUUUGUCUGCUAGUCAUCCCGGAGACAAGGAAGACCUGGUUGAGAAUGUGCUGUCCCAUGUGGCCGAGCAGUUCAGCAGAGCUUUUCAGAUAAAGGAAUUGAAGACUGAGGUCACCAACCGACUGGCAGUGUUGGAGAAGAGAGUGGAACUGGAAGGCCUUAAAGUUGUGGAGAUUGAGAAGUGCAAAAAUGAUCUGAAGAAACUCCAAGAUGAGAUGAGCGCGAGACAUGGUGGCAGAGUAAACUGUCCCUGCAAAUCAACCCUCGUGGACGAUGGCAGGAAGGUCACUCCAAGAAGAGAUGUUCCCAGUUACCCAAAGUACACACUCUCUCAAGAGACCAUUGAUGCGCUAAAGAAGCCAACAUUUGAUGUCUGGCAUUGGGAACACAAUGAGAUGCUGAGUUGUCUAGAGUACAUGUACCAUGACUUGGGCCUAGUGAAGGAAUUUAACAUGAACCCCAUCACACUGAAGCGCUGGCUGCUGGCAAUUCAGGAGAACUACCGUAACAACCCCUUCCAUAACUUUCGCCACUGCUUCUGUGUUAGUCAAAUGAUGUAUGGCAUGAUCCACCUCUGCAACCUGCAGGACAAGCUUACGCUCACAAAUCUGGGAAUUUUAAUGACAGCUGCAGUGUGCCAUGACCUGGACCACCCUGGUUACAACAACACGUACCAAAUCAAUGCUCGGACAGAGCUGGCAGUGCGCUACAACGACAUCUCCCCACUGGAGAACCAUCACUGUGCCGUGGCCUUCCAGAUCCUUUCGCUUCCCGAGUGCAACAUCUUUGCCAACGUGGAUCCUGAAGCGUUCAAAAAGAUCCGACAGGGAAUAAUCACUCUUAUUCUGGCCACCGAUAUGGCUAGACAUGGGGAGAUACUUGAGACAUUUAAGCAAAAAGUGGACCACUUUGACUUCACCAACGAGGAGCACGUGGCAAGUCUUAAAACGGUUAUGAUCAAGUGCUGUGAUAUUUCCAACGAGGUGAGACCAGCCGAGGUUGCUGAGCCGUGGGUGGACUGUUUACUGGAGGAGUAUUUCAUGCAGAGUGACAGGGAGAAGUCUGAGGGCCUGCCUGUGGCUCCCUUCAUGGACAGAGAUAAAGUCACCAAACCCACAGCGCAGAUAGGAUUCAUCAAGUUUGUGCUGAUCCCGAUGUUUGAGACAGUCAUGAAGCUUUUUCCUCAAAUAGAAGAGAUCAUGGUUCAGCCUUUAAGAGACUCCCGUGACCAUUAUGAGGAGCUGAAGCAGCUUGAAGACGCCAUAACAGAAGAAUCCCCUUUUAUGAUCAAACUCAGGAAAGACUUUGAGAAAACAGGAAUGAAGCCCCAGUGAUGAUGUCUGUGUGGAGAAGAGAACCGGUCUAUAGAGUGCAUGUUCAAAUCAUUUGAGCUUCAAUCUCAAUUUUUCUUCUGAAUGUCACAAAAUGGACCUUUAAUCAUUUUGUAUAUAAUGUUUAAUUUCAUGUAUUUAUUUAGUUAUUAACAGUCCAGCUUUACACUAAAAAUAUUUUGUUAUUCUCUACUUAUGUGGCUUAAAAAACAAACAAAUGAAGUUAUGUAGACACAUAAUACAUUUAAUAUUGCAUAGGAUGUGCUAAAAUAGUUCAUAAAGUUCACAUUACAAAAAGUUCCUGUUUCGUUUGUAUUGAUGAUGCCGUGUGAGUCUUUAUACUAGGAUGUAACGGUCUGUAGGAAGCUGAGAUUCUAUCAUACUGUUUUCUGGGACCACAGCUUUCUUGUAUUUUCCUCUUAGAUGGUAUUUUUCUUUUUAUAAAAACAACACCUAGUUACUAUAAACAGUUUACUGUAGAAUUACAGGAACAUUUUAAAUCCUCACAUUCCAUAUAGCUGUCCCUAUGAUGUAACCUGAUGUUUAAAAAACUCUUAUCAACUAAAAUCAAAUGAGAAAAAACUGGAAAUAUAUUUGCUGUGAGAUUUACUUGACUUUGUUUAAUAUACGGAAUCCCUAAAGGGACAUUGAAGAUAGUAAUUGGUACGCACCAGUUAGUAACCUGAAAAAAAUUUACUUUCAUUUUAAGGAAAACAUUUUUUUUUCUUCAAAUUUUAAGAAAACAUUUUUUUACUUACUAUCCAAUGAUUGUAAAGAACGUCUGCCGUUCCACCCACCCCUGCUGUUGUUUAUAUGCAUUUUCAAUUUAGACUCGUGACCAAAAGAGCUCACAGGAAACCACAAAACCCCCAACGCUGACAAACGUUGGAAAUGUUACCUUAAAUGAGUUCUAUAUAGGCACUUCCUCAUGUCGUCAUCAGUUUCUGCCAAUCAACGGUUGACUACACGGCUCCACCCCAACCGUUCCAGUUCACUUCAAUAAACCAACAACUAAUAGGGGCCCUUAAGAGAUACGGGUCGGUACUGUUAAAUGCCUCAAUUUUACAAUGGAAACGCUCAAAUGAUUGAACCGAACCGCUCAAAUUAGCCUUUUUCUUAAAUAUGAUGGAUGUGAGAAAAUAUUGCUUUAAUAAGCUUUCAAGCAUAACUUGUUUGUUUUAGAAAAUGAUCUGUUUCUUCACUAAUUGAGGACAGUUGUAAGCUCCCAUUCAAAUCAGCAAAACUAUGUUGUCACUCACCCAUGCAAGAAAAGAAAAUGAUCUCAUGAAACACACAAGACUGUCCAUGCAUGUCAGAAAACCAAACCUGCCCUAACUACUGUUGCAUAUUUACAUAUACAAACACAAAGGCUCCUUCAAACACUGUUUUGCAGUCAUUAAUAAUGUUUUCAAUCAUUCUGUCGAUUAAUUGAUUGAUAUUUUAUCGCCAUAUUUUAGUGUGUAGUCAGAUUACAGUGAGCAGGACAUGGAAUUAUCUAGAUCUAUUUAAGUGCUAACCAAAGGUGCCACUUAUCCCUCUCAAGCAUGCACAAACACGCACGCACACACCUCUGUUUUAACCACUUCUCCGUUAACCUUAUCAGAUGGUGGUAAAUUUCCUUCGGCGACUCCACAAUGUUUUUAUGACCUUUUUUUUUUUUAACAGGUUGUAAAUUAUUUUAUUAUCACAUCUCCUGCAAGUCUCAUCAGCGCCCAAUGAAUACCACCGGCAUGGUUCUAAUGAAAUAACACAACCAUUUGUGUAGUAAAACGUAGCAACUCUGUUUACAGUCACUUUGAUUUCCCGAGUCAAACUUCUUUUUUUUUAUUUUUUCACCCUGACUUGAUGUUUUGUUUUUUGUUGCUGUCGCUUUUUUAUGCAGCAGUCAUGCAGAGUCAAAAAAAUGAAAGCAGAACUGAGAAUAAAGAAGCAAACAAAUGUAUUUUUGUGCGUCCUGUCUGAACGAAUGCAUUUACCUGUCUUUGAAUUACGGUUCUUUAGCGGUGCAUGAAAAAAUGUAUUCAAAUGUAGAAUUGACCUGCAGGAAUGCCCUGAUUGAACAAUGCAGCAUCUUAUCUGAUUAGUGUUUGCAUUCUGCUGCAUGGCUGCUGAUUACAGAUGCCAAACACAAAAGGUUCAAUGGUUACAAGUCAAGACAGCGUGCAGAAUUUAAGACGUAUUUAGGUCAGAAAGCACAAGAUCCGCCUCAGAUGUUUUACUUUUAUC